UCUGGUUGGCUGAACGGUGUAAACACCAUGGAGCUAGAAUAAGCGCACGAGCCCAUUGGUUAGCAGUCGCUGAGUCGAAACGUGCGGUAAACGUUGCUAAACGAAAUAGUAAAAAUGAGUCUCCGGAAGCAAACCCCAAGUGAUUUCCUGAAGCAGAUCAUUGGGAGACCAGUGGUGGUGAAACUGAACUCUGGUGUCGAUUACAGAGGAGUCCUGGCCUGCCUUGACGGCUACAUGAAUAUUGCGGUGGAACAGACAGAGGAAUAUGUCAACGGCCAACUGAAGAACAAGUACGGAGAUGCAUUCCUCAGAGGAAACAAUGUGUUAUACAUCAGCACCCAGAAGAGGAAGAUGUGAAGCUGCUUUACUUGUUUCAUCAUACAUUGUUAGAGAAGUCAAUUGUUUACUGUUGAUAUUCAUAAAUCCUUUGUUAGCUGAUAAUAAUGUCUAAGUUUGUUUAAUGUUUUGUAACACACAUUUGCUGUCCUGCAGAACGAUGCAGUAAAUCAUUUGUUUUCCAACAAUAAAUUGUGUUCAUGUUUCCCUGA